AUGGACGAGAAUCAUCCUUUACUCGCACCGGUACCACCACCCACAAAUGCCGCUGGUCAAUAUCCAUAUAUCCCCGAUGUGAAUAUUCCACAUGAUGAAUCCUUCGAUCAUAGAAUCGACUUCAAUCCCAAUGGAGACCCGGAAAAUCCAUUGGAAUGGCCCAAGGCGUAUCACGAUGGAGUGAUUUUACUAUUAGCUUUCAUGGCAUUCACAGUAACAUUCACCUGUAUCGGCGUAGUGCCCAUCGCCCGACAAAUCAUCCUAGAUCUCGAGCACCAAGAAUCCAAAUCCGCCUCCGUCCUCCUCGUCACCAUCUGGGAGCUCGGAGAAGCCGCCGGCCCCUUACUCAUCGCCCCCUUAUCCGAAGUCUACGGUCGCGCCGCCGUUUUUAACGUUGCCAAUGUAUUGUUCAUUGUGUGGACCGUCGUGGCCGCCUGUAGUCAGACGUCGCAUUUAUUUAUUUUAUCGCGCUUUAUGACGGGUUGUGCCGUGGCGUCUAAUGUGCUGAAUCCCGCCGUCAUCGGCGAUAUGUUACCACCUGACCAACGAGGCUCGGCCAUGGCAACGCUUAUGCUUGCACCGCUUUUAGGUGGUGCGGUUGGUCCAGCUAUUACUGCAUCGAUAGCUCAGUCCAUCGGAUGGCGAAAUGUGCUCUGGUUCGCGGCGGGGAUGGCGGGAGUUUGCGAAUUGGCUUUUGUGUUUCUACUUCGGGAAACGUAUAAACCUCGGAUCUUGCAGCGAAGAAUAGCGAGGUUACGAAAGGAUCAUAAUGAUCUUGCGCUCAAACUUGCUGAAGAGAAAGAGAGUGAACAUACGGCAAUGGCCAUAUGGGAGGCUAUCAAAAGACCUGCAGCUGUCUUUGGAGGAUCCUUCGUGUUGCAGAUCUUGUCGUUUUAUGGCGCGAUUAUUUUUACCUUCUAUUAUAUUAUGUCGACCACUUUACCAGAGGUUCUCAAGAAUGUAUAUGGGUUUCCUCCAUCCACAAUUGGUUCUUCUUUCUUCGCUUUUAGCGUUGGAUCGACCGUUGCGGUAUUUCUUUGCAACAUGCUCCUAGACCGCAUCUACAUCCAUCUCCGGCGCAAAAACAACAAUAAAUCACACCCGGAGCACCGCAUGCCCCUCACCAUAAUCAGCGCCUUCAUCCUCCCCUUCUCCGUCGCACUCUUCGGAUGGACCGCAGCCAACGGUUGGCCCGUCGCUCUUCUUCUUUUCUCGGUCGGCCUCCAAGGUUUCGCUAUCUUAACGGGUAUGGUGCCGCUGAUGGCUUAUGUGGUGGAUGCUUUUGGACUGUAUUCGGCGAGUGCGUUGACGGCGGUACUCAUUGCGAGAUGUUUGAUGAGUACGUUCUUGCCGUUGGUGGUGGGUCCGUUGACGGAUGAGCUGGGUUAUGGAUGGGGAUUUAUGAUCGUUUCGGCUGUGUGUUUGUUGGUGGCUCCGGUUCCGUUGGCGGUUAUGAGGUAUGGUGAGAGAUGGAGACAGUGGUCUGCUUUUACGAGGGAUGUUUGA